AUUGAAAUUUCUAAGACGCAGAAAGGAUAAUUGACUCGUGGUAUAUAGACAUCUCAGCUCCAGGUUUCGCCAGAACUGCGACCGUCUUUCAUAGCCGCACGUUUAUAUCAGACGACGCUCAUUUUAUUUGCUAGGUGUUUAUUUCAAGAAAAAAAAAGAUGAUCUGCUUGAAUUUGGCGUUUCUUUUAGCAACUGCUGCCUUUGCCCGAGCUGCCCCGUUUGCAGAUAUCCAGUGCCCUCCUGUCUGUGAAACCAUCAGCUGUUCACUGGGGUAUGUCCUCGACGAGAAUGGAUGUGAAACAUGUGAAUGCAAAGAGUGGCCAGACGUUGAUGGAGGGGCUACUAUCAACGUCAAUCCGGCUACGCUAGGCGACGACGACGACGUAGAGCACGACGUGGGCGGGUGCAAGGCUCUGAACUGCGGAGACUUGACCUGCGACAGCGGCUACCAGAUGGGGCCGGAUAAAUGCCCUGUUUGUAAAUGUAACGAUGAUGAUUGGUCGCAGGCGUUAAAAGCAAUUGCUGACAUCGUGUAAAAGUUACCCAUGAAAGAGCCUUAUCCUAUUCAAAUAUGAACAGACGAUCGUCUGCAGCAAUCAUAACAUGUAUGACAUUUUUUAUCAGAGCCUGCAAGCAUUAACCAGAAAAUAAAUGACUAAAAUACA